AUGUCGCUGAUAUACUGGAUUAGUAUCGUUUGGCUGGUCUCAUCGUCCUUGACUGCUGUACCACUUCAUCUUAAUCGAAGGGCGUUCAUCGCCGCGAGCGUGUCUGGAGAAAAACUCGCCACGGUGCCGAAGUCGGUCAUGGCAAGCCGAGCCCCGAUUAUUGCAGAGGAAGCCUACUCUACUUCACGAACCGCCGAAGCUUCAUCACUCAGUACGAUAGCCGUCCCAAACCUAGAAAGCACCAAGUCACUUCCCAAGAAACCUGCCCCUGGCUCGGAAUCGCUAUCAUUAAGCCUCGACAUCCCCGAAAAAGAUUCAAUCAACCACUCGCAAUCACCAAAUUUACAAAGCUCCAAAGGAAUGACUGAGACCGAAGUUGUUCAAGCCAAAGUUCUUACGUCGUCUCAAUCGCAGAAAGCUACGAGUCAAAUCCCAGGAAAACCAAAGCCUGGGCCUCCAGACAAGUUGAACCGUGGACUUUCUGGCCGUUGGAGUUAUUAUCUGAAAAAGAAGAUGCUCAAAACAAUGAAGUCAAACAGGUUCACGAUCAUCUACCUUUUCAAAGCGAUCAUGAAGAAAAUCAAAUUUUAUUCACCUCGGCGAUACGCAUCGGAAAAAUCGGCAGCGGAAAGGGCACCCAUCGGGCGAAAAGCUUCCGGGGUCAAAAAGCUGCCAUAUUCCCCUUCUGAAAGAACUGGUGUUCAGAAGGAAGGUGUGGAGGCAAUUGGAAGUGAAACUAGCGUGCCAGAGCUUGCCAAUUUGCAUGGCACGGACAAAAACUUGGCCCACAAGAUAGAACAAAGUUAUGCGCCUCCAGUGACUUCGUGGAGUCUAUACGGCAUUUCAUCCAAAGUUUACAAUUCGCUCGUAGAUACCAUCAGAACACGUCUCCCUCGCGGUCCCACUCAAUCCUCGACGCCGGAAGCUACAUCCCAGGCAUUGGCGAAAGUAACCAAACCUACGGAUUCCGAAUCCAUAUCUCCAGCUUCUGCGUCCACCAGUCACUUGGAUGAAAUAUCCGGGAGCGAAUCGUCUGUUGACAAACUUGAACAUCCGCAAAAAGAGUCUGAGCUAAAGGAGCCGCCUUCACCUACCAUUGAUAAGACGCCUCCAUUGGUUUCGUGGAGUCUGUAUGGCAUCCCAUCCAAAGUUUACAACUCGCUCAUAGAUACCAUCAGAACACGUCUCCCUCGCGGCCCCACUCCAUCCUCGCCGCCGGAGUCUACAUCCCAGGCAUGGGUGAAAGUAAGCAAACCUUCGGAUUCCGAAUCCAUAUCUCCAGCUCCUACAUCCGCCAGUCACUUGGAUGAAAUAUCCGGGAGGGAAUCUUCUGUUGAAAAAGUCCAACAUUCACAAAAAGCACUGGACUCAGAGGAGCCGCCUCCACCUGGCAUUGUUGAUAAGCAGGAACUUGCACGAGCUCAAUUGGCACGCUUGGUGGAUGGAAUUCUGCAGCCAAUAGUUUCAAGAUAUCUGACACCGGAAAAGACUUCACGAUUUGUCGAUAAAUCAUUACGUAAAAAAAAACCUUUUGUCAGAUGGGCAGCCAGCUGGGUCCCAGACAAAUAUCCACACAACUUCAUACGAGACAAAGUAGCACCACCGUUUGUACGAGCGUUUGCGAGUAAGGCGGCGAGGAUAAUCAUGAGGAUUUCACCCGAUAAUAUUUUUGAGCUCUUACAACAACACUCCAUCCAAUUCUUAGCCACUGUCAAUAAAGCCAAUGUCCACAAUAUACCACACCCAGGAUAG